AUGCAUGUGGUGUGGCUCAAGCCGGGACCCCCCAGCUUCCUGGUCCUUUGGACUCCACUCUUCCUACUGCUGCACUCCAUCCUGGCCGACUUCACCCUGGAUAAUGAGGUGCACUCCAGCUUCAUCCACAGGAGGCUCCGCAGCCAAGAGCGCCGGGAGAUGCAACGAGAAAUCCUCUCCAUCCUGGGUUUGCCCCACCGGCCCAGGCCCCACCUCCAUGGCAAACAGAACUCAGCCCCCAUGUUCAUGCUGGAUCUCUACAAUGCCAUGUCAGUGGAAGAGGAGGUCGGCGGAGAGGAGAGUCAGGGUUUCUCUUACCCUUACAAGCCCAUCUUCAGCACCCAGGGUCCUCCGCUUGCCAGUUUGCAGGACAGUAACUUUCUAACUGAUGCGGAUAUGGUCAUGAGCUUCGUCAAUCUGGUGGAGCAUGACAAAGAGUUUUUCCACCAACGCUAUCAUCAUCGGGAGUUCAGGUUUGAUCUCUCCAAGAUCCCAGAGGGAGAAGCUGUGACUGCUGCUGAAUUUAGGAUAUACAAGGAUUACAUCCGAGAGCGCUUUGAUAAUGAAACUUUCCGGAUCAGUGUCUACCAGGUGCUUCAGGAGCACACAGGGAGGGAUUCAGAUUUGUUUCUGCUUGACAGUCGAACUAUCUGGGCUACGGAGGAGGGUUGGCUGGUAUUUGACAUUACAGCCACGAGUAAUCACUGGGUGGUGAACCCGCAGCACAACCUUGGCCUGCAGCUGUCAGUGGAGAGUCUAGAUGGACAAAGCAUCAACCCCAAGAUGGCAGGUCUGGUUGGAAGACAUGGUCCCCAGAACAAACAACCAUUCAUGGUAGCAUUCUUUAAGGCCACAGAAGUACAUCUUCGUAGUAUCCGGUCUACAGGAAGCAAACAACGCAGCCAAAACAGAUCAAAGACACCUAAGAACCAGGAAGCUUUGAGGAUGUCCAAUAUUGCAGAAAACAGUAGCAGUGACCAGAGGCAAGCCUGCAAGAAACAUGAACUCUAUGUCAGCUUCCGAGAUCUGGGCUGGCAGGACUGGAUAAUUGCCCCUGAAGGUUAUGCAGCCUACUAUUGCGAAGGAGAGUGUGCUUUUCCCUUGAAUUCUUACAUGAAUGCCACAAACCAUGCUAUUGUUCAGACACUGGUACAUUUUAUAAACCCAGAGACCGUGCCGAAGCCUUGCUGUGCUCCAACCCAACUCAACGCCAUCUCCGUUCUCUACUUUGAUGAUAGUUCCAAUGUCAUUCUAAAAAAAUACAGGAACAUGGUUGUCCGGGCCUGUGGUUGCCAUUAGGCUUGUAUCAGUUUAGCCUCAGGUUUCAGAUCUUCUUGUGCUGCAGAAGGAGCUCCGUUCUGGAUCAUUUGGCAAAGAGCCGGGGCCUUCCACAACAUGUCCUUUUGAAAG